AAGACGCUUCCAGAGCCGCCCAAGAGAGACCAAGAUGGCUUCCGUAGCCAUUGUGGCUCAAGUUUUGGCUUAAGUCGACUUGCUCGAGGCAGGGUUCAUUUUCUGCCUCCCUCCUUACAUCCUCGCGCUUUGCCCUUCGCGCAACCAUGGCCUUCAUGGCGAGAGUGUUUUCGCUCGCGGGCAUGUUGACUACAGUGUUCGCGCAGCAGCUAUCGGACUACAAAGAGGUUGCGCCAUCUACGCCAGAUGCGACAGGAGACACAGCGCCAAAUCCCUUGUGCAAGGACAUGGCUCCAGCCGGCGAGUGGCGUGAUGUGACGGAGGCCGAGUGUCGGCAAUAUGCCACGCUCGUGAAUCAAGAGUUUAAAGGGCCAGACCACAGCCAAAGCUCUAGCACCGAGAUCCCGCACGGGUGCUCCACAUCCGACACUGACCCUACCGGAAUCCACUACAAGACAACUGAUCAACCUGGAGGAACCGAAAGCUUGGAGUACCAUUAUGUCUGCAUGAAGGCCACUUGCGAGACCGUGACCUGCCUUGAGAGGUUCAGGUAUUGGUGCGAGGAGAGCAAGAAGAACUUUGGCUCCAACAAUAAUAACGUGGCGGCCGCGAACUCUCCGAAGGACAUGCUCGUUUCCGAGUGCUCCCAGUGCACUGGCGCCGACAACACGGACAUUUGCCCAACGAAGCUUCGUUUGUACGACGCCGCUCCGGAGGCGGGGCCGACCUCGGAGCUCGACAAGACAUCCGUUGCGGUGUCAGUGCCGCUCGGAUUGGCGUCCGCACUUGUCGCUCUGGGUGCGCUCGUCGGUGUCUCCCGCAGCCGCGCAUCCAACCAGCCAGUGCGCGUGGAGGACGCGCAAGACUUGCUGCGCGAAUGAACGAGUACGCCUGUGGCAGCAGCUCACGACCAGAGGACUCAGGGCUAUCGUCGAGUCCUGCGUGCUUUUCAGAGGGGCCUCUCCGCCUGACAUUUUACUGCGGGCGGAAGUAGGACCUGAUAUUGCGAAAAGAGACCUGACCUGACCUGCGGGUCAGUUGGACCUGACAUUCGCAAUCGCUUUGCACCAGCUCAGCGAUCAAAGUUGCGUACCCACGGGAUCUUGGGGGCAUCCCCCAUAUCAUUUUGAGUUUGAAGCUUCGCUUGGCCCGAGUCGCGACAAGCUUCGCUCCAUUUUGUACUGUUGCUAAUUUCAGCCUUGUCAUCGUCGUCCCCUUUUUUCCCCUCCUCGUGGACUUCUCCUCCUUCUCCUGCUUCACGUUUUUCCUUUUGUUUCGACUCGCGACAGCCUGCGAGAGGCGGCAUGCUUGCGAGUAGAAGUAAUAGUUUCGUUUGAUGCUUCUUACCUAACAGCGAAGACUGAUAUGUUUCUAGUGGUCUCAA